GACGAAAUAUUAUUUGACAAAUUGUUUUAAAAAGUGUACAGGGAUAAACAACAAAAUAUUGCAGAAGUAUUUCGAAGUUUAUCUAUUUAAGGUUACUUGUUUGCAAAGGCAAUUUUUUAUUGUCUUCUUUAUCCAGAAAAAAGAGAUAAACAAGUCAAAUCAGCGGGAGAAAUGUUUUUCAUACCAAAUGCACCACAAAAUGCCAACAUGGCUCGCAUCAAACAAAGAAAAGGUAAGAAGAUGUCAGAGGAAAAGGAAUCCUUAGUGAACGGACGAUCAUCAAGUAAAUAUUAUGGUAUGGAAGAAAAUAAAAUAGACGAGCUUGUCUAUUUUAAUGUCAGUGGAAGAUCAUUUGCAACCACCAUUCAAACUUUGGAAUUUUUUCCUAAUUCAUUGCUAGGAUGCAAACAAGAAAGGGAUCAACUGCCACGUACAAAAUGUGGAGAGAUAUUUCUAAAUCGACAUGCAGCAGUUUUUGAGAGUAUUCUAACUUUUUACCAAUCAGGUGUCUUUGAAGCUCCAACCAAUGUAAAUCAGAACAUAUUUGUAAGCGAUGUUAUUUAUUACGGACUGCAGCAGGAAGCAGUUGAAUCUGGUCUCAAAGGUUUUGAUAUUGACGAAGUGCCUUUUCCGGAAAAUAAAAUACAGUGCUACUUAUGGAUUUUAUUGGAAUAUCCAGAUUCAUCGUUGUUGGCUCGUGUUGUGUCAAUGUUUUCGUUAACCACAAUUAUCAUAUCAAUUAUAAUAUUUUGUUGGGAAACUUUACCAGCUUACAAAAAACCAGUGAGCCAAUUAUCAGCUUCGAAACAAUUAACUGUGAAAGCUUUAAACGACAUUGAAAUAUUUUGCAUUGCGUAUUUCUCUAUUGAGUUUAUCGUCCGAUUGGUAUGUUCGCCCAGCAAAGGUGCGUUCAUCAAAGAUGUGCUUAAUCUCAUUGAUUUUGUUUCGAUACUACCGUUCUACAUAACGCUUAUUUUUAACAUGGAAGGAAACGUAUCGAUAUACUUUUUGCGUGCUGUUCGUCUAGUGCGUGUUUUCCGUGUAUUCAAGUUAUCGAGGCAUUCGAGUGAAAUGAAGAUUUUGGGGAUAGCUGUAAAAGACAGUGCUAGAGAAUUGGGAGUGUUACUUUUCUUUAUAUUACUUGGUGUGUUAUUAUUUUCAAGUGCUGUGUAUUAUGCGGAAGGAGGAAUGAGCAAAUCUCCACUGCAGAGUAUUCCUGGUGCGUUUUGGUGGAGUAUUGUUACUAUGACAACAGUGGGAUAUGGAGACGAAGUACCACAUUCGACAGCUGGCAGAUUAAUUGGAGCCGUCUGUGCCAUGACUGGAAUCCUUGUCAUUGCGAUGCCUAUUCCAAUCAUCGUAAACAAUUUUACCCGUCAGUACCAAAGACUUAAACCAGUGUCAAGAUUUUGGUUAGAAUUUCAGGAAAGGGAAAAGCAACAACCAGCCAGGAAACAGGUGCUGGGUUUAUUUAAUUUAUGCGAUCUUAACGAGAAUGACUUACUAAUAUCGUCCAAUCCCUGUUGUGGAACUCUUUUAAUGAGAAGAUCCCAUGACGAUGAGCAGAAGGAAACUGAUGAUAGUACAGAAAAACUAAACCUGGAAGAAAAAGUAAUUGUUAUUCAUGAAAUACCACAAAUAAAUAGCAGUAGAGAUAUUGAAACGCAUAUGUAAACACGACAUAUCUCUUCUGUUGCUGGUGCUACCAUACUUCUUGCAUCACUUUCUAGUUCUGUUUAAAAAAAAAAUCUUAACCUUAUUAGACCCGAGGGGGGGGAGGGGUUAUGGCCUUCACGUGAUACUUGAUUAGUGGGUAGUUUCGUCCUAUUCAAAUUAAAAUUGCAAAAAAAAAAAAAAAUUAGCUAUAAACUCAUCACUUCCACUAUGUAUGACGUCAUAGAUGCAGAUCGUUAGUUUUUCUCAAAGUCCGAAAACUACCACCUGUUUUUUGCACUAACUAAUAAAUACCCUUUACAUUUUCCACCAAAUAUUCAAAUUUCAAAUUAAAUAUAAAAAUUUAAAAAACGUCAUUUACCAUAUGAAAAAAAAAAGAAAAAAAAGAAAAGGAAAAUAUUAUAUUAAAAUUUGCCGUGGACCAUUAUGACCUCCCUUCCCUUCCUCUUCCUCCCCCGGGGUUAAUAGGAUUAACUUUUUUAAUCAAUUUUGAGUGCAGUUUGUUCAACUUUUAUUGUAAUUUAAGCAAAUAUUUGCACACAGAUUCGUAAUAUGCAUGAAACAUGACAAAACAA